GCCAUUGCGGGUUUUCGGAGUUCAGUGCUGGCUGCCGCUGAGGUUCAGUCAGGGAAAGAAAGCACGAACACCAACCGGCGGUCCGAACAACAAGCGUGGCGACAUAGCGUUUUAAGACCUCGAGUCCAACAGAAUCCCCACCUUCCCCUACUUUGGACCCUCAUCUUCGCCGUCCCGUAAGCUGUCUGGCUUCGACCUGUGUUGGGAAGCCGUAGCAAAGUAGCUGUGGGAGAUCCAGGACUCCGGGAGGAGUGAGCAGAGAGGAAACCGCCAUGGCUCAGAUCUUACCUAUCCGCUUCCAGGAGCACCUGCAGCUCCAGAACCUGGGGAUCAACCCGGCCAACAUCGGGUUCAGCACCCUGACCAUGGAGUCCGACAAGUUCAUCUGCAUCCGGGAGAAGGUCGGGGAGCAGGCGCAGGUGGUGAUCAUCGACAUGAACGACCCCAACAACCCCAUCCGCCGGCCCAUCUCCGCCGACAGCGCCAUCAUGAACCCCGCCAGCAAAGUCAUAGCACUUAAAGACGCGGCAAAAACGCUUCAGAUUUUUAACAUUGAGAUGAAGAGCAAGAUGAAGGCCCACACCAUGACGGACGACGUCACCUUCUGGAAGUGGAUCUCCCUCAACACCGUAGCACUUGUAACAGACAACGCCGUCUACCACUGGAGCAUGGAGGGAGACUCUCAGCCAAUCAAAGUCUUCGACCGGCACUCCAGUUUAGCAGGCUGUCAAAUCAUCAACUACCGCACUGACGCCAAGCAGAAGUGGCUGCUUCUUAUAGGCAUUUCUGCACAGCAAAACCGCGUAGUGGGUGCGAUGCAGCUGUACUCGGUGGACAGGAAGGUGUCCCAGCCCAUCGAGGGCCACGCCGCCAGCUUCGCUCAGUUCAAAAUGGAAGGCAAUGCCGAGGAGUCCACCCUCUUCUGCUUCGCUGUCCGAAGCCAAGCCGGAGGAAAGCUGCACAUCAUUGAGGUUGGGACGCCUCCAACAGGAAAUCAGCCAUUUCCAAAGAAAGCCGUGGAUGUGUUCUUCCCCCCUGAAGCUCAGAAUGACUUCCCCGUCGCAAUGCAGAUAAGCUCAAAGCAGGACGUGGUCUUUCUCAUCACCAAGUAUGGAUACAUCCACCUGUACGACCUGGAAACGGGCACCUGCAUCUACAUGAACAGGAUCAGCGGGGAGACCAUCUUCGUCACAGCCCCCCACGAGGCGACCGCCGGCAUCAUCGGGGUGAACAGGAAGGGACAGGUGCUCUCCGUGUGUGUGGAGGAGGAGAACAUCAUCCAGUACAUCACCAACGUGCUGCAGAACCCUGACCUGGCCCUGCGCAUGGCCGUCCGAAACAACCUGGCCGGCGCCGAGGAGCUCUUCGCCCGCAAAUUCAACAACCUCUUCGCCGGAGGGAACUACUCGGAGGCCGCCAAAGUGGCAGCCAACGCACCCAAGGGAAUUCUCCGCACUCCAGACACCAUCCGGAAGUUCCAGAGUGUCCCCGCCCAGCCUGGCCAGACCUCCCCCCUGCUCCAGUACUUCGGCAUCCUGCUGGACCAGGGCCAGCUCAACAAGUUUGAGUCGCUGGAGCUGUGCAGGCCGGUCCUGCAGCAGGGCCGCAAACAGCUGCUGGAGAAGUGGCUGAAGGAGGACAAGCUGGAGUGCUCAGAGGAGCUGGGAGAUCUGGUGAAGUCAGUUGACCCCACGCUGGCUCUCAGUGUCUACCUCCGAGCAAAUGUUCCCAACAAGGUCAUCCAGUGCUUUGCAGAGACUGGGCAGUUCCAGAAAAUUGUACUGUAUGCCAAAAAGGUGGGCUACACUCCUGACUGGAUCUUCCUGCUUCGGAACGUAAUGCGCAUCAGCCCGGAGCAGGGCCUGCAGUUCUCCCAGAUGCUGGUGCAGGAUGAGGAACCCCUGGCUGACAUCACGCAGAUUGUGGACAUUUUCAUGGAGUACAACCUGAUCCAGCAGUGCACGUCCUUCCUGCUGGACGCCCUGAAGAACAACCGCCCGACCGAGGGGCCCCUGCAGACCCGGCUGCUGGAGAUGAACCUCAUGCAUGCUCCGCAGGUCGCUGAUGCCAUCUUGGGGAAUCAGAUGUUCACGAACUACGACCGCGCCCACAUCGCCCAGCUGUGUGAGAAGGCGGGUCUGCUGCAGAGGGCACUGGAGCACUACACCGACCUGUACGACAUCAAGCGUGCCGUGGUCCACACCCACCUGCUGAACCCGGAGUGGCUGGUCAACUUCUUCGGCUCGCUGUCGGUGGAGGAUUCUCUGGAGUGCCUGAGGGCCAUGCUCUCCGCCAACAUCCGUCAGAACCUGCAGAUCUGCGUCCAGGUGGCGUCCAAGUACCACGAGCAGCUGUCCACCCAGGCCCUCACCGAGCUCUUCGAGUCCUUCAAGAGCUUUGAGGGCCUGUUCUACUUCCUGGGCUCCAUUGUGAACUUCAGCCAGGAUCCCGAGGUCCACUUCAAGUACAUCCAGGCUGCCUGCAAAACUGGCCAAAUCAAAGAGGUGGAGAGAAUCUGCAGAGAGAGCAACUGCUAUGACCCAGAGCGGGUCAAGAACUUCCUGAAGGAGGCCAAACUGACUGACCAGCUGCCACUGAUCAUCGUGUGCGAUCGGUUCGACUUCGUCCAUGACCUGGUCCUCUACCUGUACCGCAACAACCUGCAGAAAUACAUCGAGAUCUACGUGCAGAAGGUGAACCCCAGCCGUCUGCCUGUGGUGAUCGGAGGCCUCUUGGACGUUGACUGCUCUGAAGAUGUCAUUAAGAACCUGAUGCUGGUGGUGAGGGGGCAGUUCUCCACUGAUGAGCUGGUGGCUGAGGUUGAGAAGAGAAACCGACUGAAACUGCUCUUGCCUUGGCUGGAAGCCCGUAUCCAUGAGGGCUGUGAGGAGCCCGCUACCCACAAUGCCCUGGCUAAAAUCUACAUCGACAGCAACAACAACCCCGAGCGCUUCCUGCGGGAGAACCCCUACUACGACAGCCGUGUGGUGGGCAAGUACUGCGAGAAGAGGGACCCCCACCUGGCCUGCGUGGCCUACGAGCGCGGCCAGUGCGACCAGGAGCUCAUUAACGUGUGCAAUGAGAACUCCCUGUUCAAGAGCUUGUCCCGGUACCUGGUGCGUCGUAAAGACCCGGAGCUGUGGGCCAGUGUACUGCUGGAGAGCAACCCCUACAGGAGGUCCCUGAUCGAUCAGGUGGUGCAGACCGCUCUGUCCGAAACACAGGACCCAGAGGAGGUGUCCGUCACAGUGAAGGCCUUCAUGACCGCCGACCUUCCCAACGAGCUCAUUGAGCUCCUGGAGAAGAUCGUUCUGGACAACUCAGUGUUCAGUGAACACAGAAACUUGCAGAACCUGCUGAUCCUCACAGCCAUCAAGGCGGACCGAACCCGCGUGAUGGAGUACAUCAACCGUCUGGACAACUACGACGCUCCUGACAUCGCCAACAUCGCCAUCAGCAACGAGCUCUUCGAGGAGGCCUUCGCCAUCUUCAGGAAGUUCGACGUCAACACCUCCGCCGUGCAGGUUCUGAUCGAGCACAUCGGGAACCUGGACCGGGCCUACGAGUUCGCCGAGCGCUGCAACGAGCCGGCCGUGUGGAGCCAGCUGGCCAAGGCCCAGCUGCAGAAGGGCCUGGUGAAGGAGGCCAUCGACUCCUACAUCAAGGCGGACGAUCCGUCAGCGUACAUGGAGGUGGUGCAGGCAGCCAACCAGAGCGGAAACUGGGAGGACCUGGUGAAGUUCCUGCAGAUGGCGAGGAAGAAAGCCAGGGAGUCCUACGUAGAAACCGAGCUGAUCUUCGCUCUGGCCAAAACUAACCGCCUGGCAGAGCUGGAGGAGUUCAUCAACGGCCCCAACAACGCUCACAUCCAGCAAGUCGGUGACCGAUGCUACGAUGAGAAGAUGUAUGAGGCGGCCAAGCUGCUGUACAACAAUGUGUCCAAUUUCGGGCGCCUGGCCUCCACGCUGGUCCACCUGGGAGAGUACCAGGCAGCCGUGGAUGGAGCUCGCAAGGCCAACAGCACACGCACCUGGAAAGAGGUCUGCUUCGCCUGUGUGGAUGGGAAGGAGUUCCGCUUGGCCCAGAUGUGUGGGCUGCACAUUGUGGUUCAUGCAGAUGAGUUGGAGGAGCUGAUCAACUACUACCAGGACCGGGGCUACUUCGAGGAGCUGAUCACCAUGCUGGAGGCGGCUCUCGGCCUGGAGAGGGCACACAUGGGCAUGUUCACAGAGCUGGCCAUCCUCUACUCCAAAUUCAAACCGCAGAAGAUGAGGGAGCACCUGGAGCUCUUCUGGUCCCGGGUCAACAUUCCAAAGGUUUUGAGGGCCGCAGAGCAGGCCCACCUGUGGGCGGAGCUUGUGUUCCUGUACGACAAGUACGAGGAGUACGACAACGCCAUCAUCACCAUGAUGAACCAUCCGUCAGACGCCUGGAAAGAGGGCCAGUUCAAGGACAUCAUCACCAAGGUGGCCAAUGUGGAGCUGUAUUACAAAGCAAUCCAGUUUUAUUUGGAGUUCAAACCAUUGUUGCUGAAUGACCUGCUAGUAGUGCUUUCCCCUAGACUCGACCACACCCGUGCAGUCAACUUCUUUAGCAAGGUGAAGCAGCUUGCGCUGGUUAAGCCUUACCUGCGAUCUGUACAGAACCACAACAACAAGUCAGUCAAUGAAGCACUUAACAACCUCUUCAUCACAGAGGAAGACUAUCAGGCACUGCGCACAUCUAUAGACGCCUACGACAACUUCGACAACAUCUCGCUGGCCCAGAGCCUGGAGAGGCACGAGCUGAUCGAGUUCAGGAGAAUCGCGGCCUACCUCUUCAAGGGCAACAACCGCUGGAAGCAGAGCGUGGAGCUCUGCAAAAAGGACAAGCUCUACAAGGAUGCAAUGCAGUAUGCGUCGGAGUCGAAGGACACAGAGCUGGCGGAGGAGCUGUUACAGUGGUUUCUGCAGGAGGAGAAGAAGGAGUGCUUCGCCGCCUGCCUCUUCACCUGCUACGACCUGCUGCGACCCGACGUGGUCCUGGAGACCGCCUGGAGGCACAACAUCAUGGACUUCUCCAUGCCUUACUUCAUCCAGGUGAUGAGGGAGUACCUGAGCAAGGUGGACAAGCUGGACGCCUCGGAGUCGCUGAGAAAAGAGGAGGAGCAGGCCACCGAGACGCAGCCCAUCGUUUACGGCACGCCCCAGCUGAUGCUCACAGCAGGACCCAGCGUGCCGGUCCCGCCUCAGCAGGCCUACGGUUACGGCUACACAGCUCCGGGGUACGGGCAGCCCGCCCCGCCCCAGCCAGGUUUCGGCUACGGCAUGUGAGGCCCUUCCGCCCGGAGUUGUCCGCUCGUCUCUCCUUAAGUUCCUCACCAGCUCAUUACGGUCUUCUACUCACGACAGGGGAUAUUGUACAAACAAGCAAAACUUCUGCUUUUUUAUUAUUGUUAUUAUUAUUAUUUCCUUUAAACUUUCAUGAAGGACUCCAUAUUAUUUCUAUGGUUUAAGGAAAAAAAAUUGGACCACAAGGUUUUCUUUUUUUAACAUUCCAUUUUUACUUACAUAUUGCUAGUAUGGUUUUGUUUGUCCUGUUUUUUUUUUUUGUUCUGUUUUUUGGUUUUUGUUUUUGUUUAAUUUUUGUUUUAAAGGGGAAAUGUUUGUGUACUGAAGAGGGCUUGUGAGAAGAGCGAGCCUUCUUAAGGUCUGUUCUGAAGCAUCCAAUUUGCACUCUGUAGUGAGAAGAAACCA